CAGAAACCACGCCAACUGCCUGUAUAUCACACACGUGGUGGGCUGCUCGCUCUUUUUGAGACACUUGAGCAGAGCGGUCGUCAACAUGAACGUGAGCGGCAACGUCAGCAAACUAGACAGCACCACUCUGUCUAUAUUUCAAACCAAAUGGUCGAGCGAUCUCAUCUCGGCCGUCUACGUCGUUGUGACCGUCGUCAACCUCUGCGGAAACGGCCUGUCCAUGUGGCUGCUGCUGUUUCGAACCUCCCCGAAGACUCCCUCCAUCAUCUUCAUGAUCAACCUGACCAUUACUGACCUGGUCCUCGGCUUAAUGCUGCCCUUUCAGAUUAUGUACCAGCUGCAGGGCUACAACUGGACUCUGGGUCCCAGCAUGUGCAACAUCCUCACUGUAGCCUUCUUUGCCAACAUGUAUUGCUCCAUUUUGACAAUGACUGCCAUAAGCGUUGAGCGCUACAUGGGCAUUGUGAAGGUCAUGCGCUUCAGGGAGCAGAGGAACAAGACCACCUAUGCCAUUUGUUCCUGCAUGGUUAUGUGGGUCAUAGUCCUGGCAAUUCUCAGCCCACUGGAGACCACAGAUUUGACAUUUAAUGUUAAAGAGCUCAACAUUACGACCUGCUUCGAUGUCCUGAAGAAGGACAUGCUCCCGACGACGGCGCACUGGGCCGCUUUCCUCUUUGGCUUGUUUGUGGUGCUGUUCUUCUGUCCCUUCAUUAUAACUGUGUACUGCUACGUCAGGAUUAUCUGCACCCUGAUCAAGAACUCCAAGAACGUCCAGAAAGGCCGUGCCAUCCGCCUGGCUUUCACUGUCUUGUUUGUCUUCGUGGUCUGCUUCGCCCCCAACAACAUAUUGCUCCUGGCACAUUCAAUCACCAGGCUUUUCUUCAACAAGUCUCUGUACAUGUACUACAAGCUGUCCCUGUCACUUAGCUGCAUCAACAGCUGUCUGGACCCAUUCAUUUACUAUUUUGCCUCGAAGGAGUUUCGCCGAAAGAUGAGACAGCUGUUGAGGCUGCGCAGCCUCAGCACACUGGAGAACGAAAUGACUGCCGACGGCCCCAGAGAGAGCUUCUUCUCAGGCCGCACCGUUUCUAACGGCAACGAAGAAGACGAAAACCUAGAGAGGCAAGUUAAUCAGACAAUGCCAGCUUCUAGUUUAUAGACAGAGGAAGUUUGCUUUUUUUAACUGUGAAUUUGCACCCAUUUCUUUCUGUGGUCUCAUGUUUUUGUUCUGUUUUGACCAUCCUCAGCUUCCCGUUAAGGGGAAGCCAGUCUGCUCAUGUGACAUUUCAAAACAAAUCCUCUGAUAUCAGGAGUGCUGUUUUAUUUUUUUCUUCUUGUAGCUGAAAACAAUUACUAUUUGAAUAUAAAGCUUUUUGAUGUUGUUCAUAUACAUUUUAAAUGUACCUGUUUAUUGUGUUAUUCCUCAGGCAUGUUGGUCAUUCUCAGGAAUGAUUCCUCUGAAGUAAAAAAAAAAACUAUUUUGCAGCUAACAGCCAACAGCUUUAUUUGGCAGCUAUUUCUGUUUGUGUUCUGUUUAUUAAAUUGUAAAUAUACUGUCUUGCAAAAGGUAACCACUGACCACAUGUAGCCAUUAUUUAAGUUGAUAUUACACGUUUUUUGCCACUUAAUAUGUAAUAUUUUGCUUGUAUUUACUGGAUUAUUUGUAUUUUUUUCAUUUUAAUUUGUCCGAUUUUUAUACAACACACAGAUACACAACAUACAAAAACAUCUGCCCACGUGUGGGUCAUACACCGUAUUUUUCGGACCAUAAGGCGGACCGCAUUAUACUUUCAAACAUAAGGUGCACUUUCAUUUUUUGAGAAAAUUAAAGGAUUUUAAGUGCACCUUAUAGUCCGAAAAAUAUGGUACGUGUGCCAGUAUUUUGCCAGUAAAACUAGAUGUAGAAGUUGAGACGUGAGUAUUUUUUUUUUGAUGAUUGUGGUUUAAAAGUGGACUAGGUGCUGCUCUCACACAGACCUAUUUUAAAAUCCAGUAUUACUAUAACAAUUACAUCUAUUACUGAUGUAUUCAUUGUGAUAUUUCUUUUUUUUAUUUGUUAUUGUUUUAUGUGAAUAUAUUAUUAUCAUCACAUUGUUUAGUACAAUUGUUUAAUUGUAGUGCAGUACGUGGGGCAGAUGAUUUGUAGGCGGUUACAAAUGAAAAGUAAAAUAAAUAAAAUGCAAAUAAUAUUUUAGUGUAGUAGCUCAGUGUCACAUACACGUUCUGUUCCUCUGUUGUUUAGUACAUAUAUAUUUAAAUACUAUUCAUGUAUAUACCUCUGUCUGAUGCCAAACAUUAAAAAGUUCUUUUUAUCGGCUUAUACUAAUGGGAAUCAGACAUUAUUAUGCAAAAUUAAUGUACUAAGAAUCUCAGGGAUUAAGUAAUUCUGUUGAUAACAUUACAUUGUUAAAGCGUGUUAUACUCCAGGGGCCUGGAAAAUGCUGGCAACAUGUUUUGCCACAUAAUUCUGAUUAUUCAAAUAAAUGUUUUCUAAUAAAAAUAUUUUCUUUCAUUUUU